CGAAGGGUUUUUCUCUCUUUUGUUGUAUCCUCUGCUGUGAGAGUGCGAGUCCCGGUGGCGGUGCAGUGCCAAAGCCCUAAACCCUAAGUAGAAGAAAUAGUGAGUAGUGAGCGGAUCGGGAGGGAAGGAGUUGGUCUUGGAGCAGAGAUGUGGUUCAGAGGCGGUGGAGCUUCUUGGACCAGUGGUGCUGGUAUGCUUACUGCUACAACGUUCGUGCGGCAUUUCUCGCGAAAACGCGCGGAGAAUCUGAGGAAAAUCAACCCCAAGGUGACUCGUCAAGAGGCCUCUUCCAUUGCUCAAGACAUAUACCAUCUCAUCAAGCAGAACGGUCCUCUCACUGUCUCCAAUGCUUGGAUUCACGUUCAGGAAUCUGGUAUUAGUGGAUUGAACAGCAAGACACACAUGAAACUAAUGCUCAAAUGGAUGAGGGGGAGGAAGAUGCUGAAGCUAUUCUGCAACCAAGUUGGUUCUAGCAAGAAAUUUCUGCUAUCCACUUUGCCUGAAGAACCACAAACUGAACAGUUGAAACAUCCCUCAGAUCUGAAACUUCAGACUGAGAAGCCUUCCGUAAAGGGUAGGAAGAAAACUAGAUAAAAAUGUACGUUCCAAGGCCUUUCCUUUGGAUUCCGCACACAAACGGGGAGCAUACCCUUGUGAUCCUUCAUGACACAAAUGGACAUCUUUGAUCUCCCGUGGUAGUUGUCUAAAACCAUUUUGGCUAAUAAUAUCUUAUGCUUUUAAGUGCCGUCCAAUUUGUCCCUUCCCUUCACUAUGCAUUUCAAUCUAGUAAGGACUACCAAGAUCCAGUCUGUUGAUUAUCAUACUGUUGUAGGAUUUAGAAUCAAGAAAUUGGAUUAUUGAAUAAUACUUGUGUGCGUAUGUUAUGAAAUGCAGCAUGAUUAAAUGUA